UCUCUCUCCUCCUCCUCCUCUUCCUCUCGCCUCUUGUUGUUGUUUGUUCUGUGCGUGUGUGUGAAUUGCAGAAUUACCCUUUAAUGGUCCAGAUAUGAUGAUGAUGUGAGGAUGGUGAUGAGGAUGAUGAUGAUGGUGGUGGUGGUGAUGAUGCUGUGAGGAGAACAGCAGCUCCGCGGCUGAUGAUAUUAAAACACAAGGCAAUCUUUUGUUACCACGAUGUGAGUCAGUGAAGCAGCUGCUGUUUCUGCCGCCACUAUCAUUAACACCAACGACUAUAUUAAUGAUAACAAUAAUAAUAAUAACAAUAAUAAUAAUAAACAGCACAUGGUGCACGCGGCGGCGACGGCUCCGCAUCCACGCUCAUUUUUUAAACGGGACAUUAAUGAACGCAUGAACGCACGUUCACCUUAUGUAACCUGUGAAUGUGAUGUGAGUGAGUUGUUGUUGUUGUUGUUGUUGUUGUUGUUGUUGUUUCCACCACUGCAGGUUUAGAUGAUGCGUGGAUUUCAUUGGACAUUGAUUGCGGUUCCUCCACAGACACACACACACACACAGAGAGAGAGGAGAGGAGAUAAUGAUGAUGAUGGUGGUGGUGUAGCCUUCAUCUUGUUGUAAACAAAAAUGUGUCGGAGAGAAAGAGAGGAUGAGGGGAUUCGAGCAAGUGAUGAGGAUGUGAGGUGGAUGAGGUGAUCCACGCUGCCGCUCCUCCUGUGGAUCAGUGGGUUUUUCUGAUUCAGAUGAGGAGAGGAGAGGAACAGACAAGGAGGAGAACAGGAGAGAAGAAAGGGGAGGAGAAGAGAAGAAAAAUAAAGAGGAUAGGAGAAGGAGAAGAUAAAAGAGGAUGGGAGAAGGAGAAUAAGACGGGACAAGGAGGAGAACAGGAGAGAAGGAAGAGGAGAAGAGAAAAGAGAGAGGAAAGGAGAAGGAGAACAGAGGGAAGAAAUAAGAGUAGAGGAGGAGAAGUUCACAUCUGCUCCUUAUGUCUGUAAUAAGAAGCAACUAUAUCUUGCAUUUUCCUCAUCAGCCUCCAGUUUAAUCAAUACAGUCAAAUAAAUGAUAUGUAUACAUUUAUAUACAUACUAUAUAUAUAUAUAUAUAUACAUAUAUACACAUCUUUGAGGAUCAAAAAACUUAAAAAACACAGGAACUGAGGGUUUUUUGUGUGUGAAUUUGAGGAUAAUGUGACAGGUCCUCAUGUUCACACCUUAAAAUGAGAUGUUUCAGACUUGGUUUGAGGGGCAAGUGUUCAGGUUAGGGUUGUGAUGGUUAAAGGAAGAGUGAACAUCCUGUCUGUGAGUGUCCUCAUGAAGGACAUUGUGCAAGAACAUGUGUGUGUGUGUGUGUGAUGCUAUUAUUGGAACAGACUGAGAGCAGUUUGUAACCACAGCGUGUCUGCGACCAAAUCACUGCAGCAGCACUGACUCUGGAGAAACUCAUCAAUCACUAUAUUGAUCUUAAGUAUCUCACAAUAUUGGCCUCUGGUAACCUCAGAUGACCUCAGAUGACCUCAGAUGACCCUUAAAGCUUUGAGUGUGUACAAGUUUUAUAAUAAACACUGACUUGCAGUAAGGGGCAGUAGUCCUUAUGGAGACCAAAACCUGGUGCUAAGGAAGAACCUCAUAUCUGAGGCUCAGGUUAAACUAAAUUCAAUGUUAUUUAUUAUUAAUGAAGCCCGUACUCUCCUACCUGGCUUAAAAGACAGUUUUAGUGAAAGACAAAGGGUCGUCCUCAUGGAGACAAACAGAUGCUUCUAAUGAGGCAGAACCUCUUUACUGAGGAACUGAAGGUAAGGGUUUAAUGAAUGACAGUCAAAGCAGAGUCAGUGUGUGUGUGUGUGUGUGUCUCACCUCCAGCCUCUCCACAGAGUGAGGACGCAGAGAUGUCCCUUCCUCACCGAGAGAACCUAUCGCCAUCUCGCCGCCUCAGCCCGGUUUCUCUCCUCCAGACAACAGCGAAGCCCGACCACGACUUCCCAUGAGGCCUCCACCAGAACUCAGCCUGACCGCUCUGUAUGGGGCCUCACAUAUGAAUUGACAUGGAGGAUGAAGAUGGGACUUGUCUACUUGAUGUUUUAUGCGACCCCCAAGCCCUGAACGACUUCCUUCAUGGGACCAAUGAGCUGCAGACUGAAGACCUGCUCAUUAACUCCUCCUCUGGGGAGCCCUCCCUCUUCACAGAUGCCCCUAGCCCCGUCUCUCUGCUGGGAGAUGGCAGGGAUUCCCCAGACACGCCUCCCCCCGGGUGCGUGGACCUGUCCUUCCUGGAGGAGGCUCUGCUGUCAUCGCCGGAGGGUGCAGAAGACCCACAGAUGGCGCAGGGUGGGCAACCUGUGGAGGGUGGGUGUGAGGAGAAGGAGAGAGAAGUGCCGGAAAUGGAGGAGGCGGAGGUGGCGUGUGAUAUUCUCCAGCAGAGCCUGCAGGAGGCUGAGAUCACGGAGCAGACCAUGGCUCUGGAGGCAGGUCUGGCCCAAACUGGAGACACUCUGUCUCUGUACUCCCCAGCUCCUCUCCUCUCUCCUCCCUCUCUACCGUUUGUCCCCAAGUCUGUGACGUUGCCCGUCACUGUGGCAUUGCCCAGAGACACUCAGGCAGCAGUGGAGCCUCCUCAGCCGUCACUCCUGGCUGUCGGGCCUGGCUGUCCUUCUCUAAAACCCGCUGCUCCACCUCAGCUUAUGGGGCUCCUGCCUGGAAAUGUGUUCCCUGCUCCUUCUCCAGACACCCCGUUCUCUCUGAGUCCUGCCCAGGCCUCCAGUAUGAUCAUCCACAAGGCUGUGUCCAGUGUGUCCACUCGUCCACUAAUCACUCCAACUCUGAGAGCAACGGCGGCAGCGGCGGCAGGAAUCGUGCUGCAGAGGGCCCCGCUCCCCAUCCAACCCAAGCUGCAACCCAUCAGCAUUCAGCCCAGACUGGUCCAAAUAAGCCCCAAGCCAUCUGGGCAGAAACCCACUCCUGGUCUAACAUUUGUUUCUGGAGCUGCUUCACCAAAUAUUCUACUGUCCCAACCUUCAGGCCAAAAGCCUGCCGCUCCACCACCACAGCCCACGCAGCAGCAGCAGCAGCUCCCCAAACCAGUCAGCCUGCAGCUGGUCAACCAGGGCGGCUCCUUUGUGCUCCAGCCUCAGGGACUCUUCCAAGGCCAAAACCAGUUCCUUCUUCCAGGCCAGUGCCCUGUUACCAUCUCCCAGUCAGUCAGUGCAGCUCGACCACUGCUGACUCACACUCACUGUGGUCCGUCGGUCCACAGUGUGACUUCGUCCACCGGGCAGCUCGUAGACGGCUCUCAGAUCCUUACUGUCCCCCAAAGGCAGCUCAACUUCAGCCCAGUCUUCACCACCCCCACAGGGCAGCUCGCGCUCCGCCAGGCCACUGUGCUGUCAGGACCCUUGCAUCUACAGUCAGCGCCCCCUACUGUCUUCCAGAUGCCAGCCCAGCUGGCUGGAACCUACACUCCAGGAGGGCAGGGGCACCGUGCCACCCUGGUCCACAGCCCCGCUCUUGGAAACCACAUCACCUUGAUCAACAGUUCAGGGAUGCUUCCCUCGGAUCUCACUUCCAUCUCGAUCGUUAACGGUCCCUCGGUGGUUCAGGGGCUGCCGUUCGCUGCCCAGGCCCCGGCGACUCAGGCGGGCGUCACAGAGGGACAGCUGAGCCUCCAGCAAACAUCUGUGGUGCUUCUGCCAGAGAGAGUUCAAGAAGAGAGGAGCGGCUCAGACGAGACAUUCCACCCACUGCCACAGACGUAUGGUCAUGUCCUCCAGCAUGUGUCGGUGCAGCCCGCCUCUGCAGGGCUACAGACCUCCUCUCCUCCCGUAGUUACGGUCCUGCAGCCUCCUCCUCCUCCUCCUCCUCCUCCUGAACCUCCUCUGCCUCUUGACGCAGCUGCAGAGAUGCCAAAACUUUUAAUGCCACCAGCAGACAUGACCCAGGUGGUGGCCGAGGUGUCCCACUCGAUGAGCCCCAACCAAGCCUUUAUGCAACACCUGCAACAGCAAGCACUUAGCUCUCCCAUCACAUCUGACCUGCUGGUUGACGCACUGCCAGUGGUUCCCAUGGAGACUCUUGUCUCCACCAUAGAGAGAGAGACUCAACCUCAGACCCAUGCAGUUCCUGGUCCUUGCGUCAAAUCUGACCAGUGUGUCGAGGCUUCUCCGCUUCACUCAGACCCCGAGGACUCGCCGCUGCUCUCCUCCUCUUCUCCGUGUCAGGACAGUGGGAGAACAGCAUUCUCUCCUCCAGCUGGACCUCCCAUUACUCUCCCUGGACCUGAGGGUUCAAUUCCCAAGACCACAGCUCCACAGACCUUCAUCGUGCAACAGGACCAGACCCAGGUCCCUCAUCAGCUGCAUGUCUCACCGGCCUUAUUUGCCCAAAACCAGGUGCAGAUCCAGUCAUCAGUUUCCCAGCCUUUGCCCCAGGUCCAGGUCCAAAUCCAGGUUCCUGUUUCCAAGCCUCAGCCUUCGACACACACUCCAGUCCACAACAGCUCCUCCCUUCAGCUCGUCAGCCUCUUGGUGCCUCAGCAGCAGCCUGAUCCCACGGCUGCUGGUCUCUGCAAAGGAGGAGAAGACUCUGCUGUCCAACAGCACACACACAACAAGCCAACAGCUGCCUUGGCCGUGGAGGGUAAAGCGUUUACUCUCGAUGUCCGUCCACACUCUCCUGCUGCUCCGGGCGUCCAGCAGCUUCACGCGCCUCCAGAUCCCAGCGAGUGUCCCCCCAUCCAGACCACCCUGCAACCAGGCACCAAGCUGGCAGGUCUUCUUGUGGAGCAGCAGAGAGAGGAGAAGCUCACACCAGCAACGCGCAGGCACAGGUUCCAGCAGCAGCUUUGUAUGGACCACAGAGCAGUUCAGCACCAGUUCACCGUCCCCGCCUUCUCCACACUGACGGACGCAGUGCGACACCUGCUGCCGUAUCACACCUGCGCGGGUCACCUGCCGACUGAGAACGACUUCACUUCAGUGGACCAGGAGUUUGACACCGUGUCCUGUUUCCUGCUGAAACGCACCAAGGACAUGGUUAACAAAUACAGGCAGCUACUGCUUAAAGAAGCUCAGCAGGAGAGUCCUUCGGCUGAGAUGGUGAUGCUGGAGCGUCUCUUCCUUCAGGCGGAGCGAUACGCUUUGGUGGAGGACAGACGGCGAGCCCGCAGAGACCCAGAGUCAUUCAUGACAGCCUUGGCUACAUCAGUGUCUUCCCCCAGUGAAGCCCACUCCUCUGGCCCCUCCCACCCACACUCCUCUGACAGCCCCUCCUCUUCACCAGCUUGGUCCAGACUGUCUGACCGACCCCCAGGAUUGAAGACGUACCGUUCCAGCUCCCGCGGUGCCCUCAGACUCACCAUCAAGCAGGAGUCCGGCUCCCGUAAGGUGGUCCACAACUCAGCCUGUGACCCAGGACUCAAGAGGGACCACACGGGGCAGCUGACCAAUGGCGGUAGUGCUGUGAAUGAACGCCACUCCCACACACCCAACGGAGCACACCAGCAUCUGCAUCAUGAUGAGGAGGUUUCCAAUGGAGGUCUGCAGUCUGACACUGAAGAGGAAGUCCCACAGACAGCACCUAAUUCCAAAAUAAAAGCCCCAAAACCCCUCUCCAUGCCAGAACCACAGGCUUCUUGCUUCGAGCUGCCUCCCAGUGAUGUCAGUGCCCCAAAACUGAAAUAUUACAAGCUAGAUGCGUCUCCUCAGCUCGAGACGCAGUUCAGUCCGCCGCCACUGUCCCUCCAAGAGGACACCAUGCUCAGUGAACACCUACAGAGUGCCAUCGACAGCAUCCUGGAGCUGCAGCGACUGCAGGGCCCGUCCACAGCCCCAACCAGGACCACAUCAGGCCCAUCACUGGAUCAGGCGGUCACCAGCAUCCUGGAGGGACACCUGUGAGGUAACGAGCCUCGACAGACGUCCACAAAGAUACAGAAACAUCUGUCCAAGGUGGGAUUAAGCAAAGUAUGUGACUUCUAAUCUGUUCCCAGAACUAAAAGAGAUUUUUUUUUUCUGGGUUUCAGAUUUUCCUUUGAAAGGAUCUGAUUGUUUUAAAGAAGAGGGAGGAGAGGGGGAAAAAAAUAAAAGGCACUAUUAAAGAGAUGCAUACCAGACAAAAGCACUAUCUAGAGUCUGAUAGAUGUUAGAUACUUAAUUUUGAUGUACGUUUGUGGAAAAAAAUUAUUCUAUUUGAAUAGGAGCUAUAUUGUUUCAGUGGUAGUUAUGUCAUUCAGAGGUUUACGACACUGGUGUGACCUUCAUCAGCAUAUAGUAUAUAAGUAAUAGUGAGAAUAAUGAAAAUGUGGACUAGACUGAGAUUAUUCAAUAGUUUUUUUUUUUUAUAAGAUUUCUUUAAAAAAAAAACAACAACAAUGUGAAGUUUCUUUUGCAUAGUGCCAAGCUUCCAGGGUAUUUAUUUUGAUAAUCUGUGCCAAUUGUGUGUUCAGAUGAGUUGCAUUGAGAACGCAGAGAGUGUUUGAGUAUGAGUGUUAUUAUUUGGAAAUAAUUAGUGCGGAUGUAAAGAGUGUGUGUGUGUGUGUGUGUGUGAAAACGCUGCGUCCUGCGACGGGACACUACGUGAAAAUCCCGCAGGCUCCGUCAUCUCGGCUUAACAAAUGAAAUUCCAAAGAAUUUGUGACUUGCUACAUCCUGAAUACACCAGCAAACGUCCAUGUUGUGUCUCUCAGAGCAGAGAGAACUAGAGGGGCCACAGAGGAAGAAAAAAAAAGAGAAAGGUUUUGUCUUUUCUUUAGGACUCUUACUGUCACUCAUGCUCGAGUCUGACUGUGAAAUAAUUUUGUGUCCGUCCUCAGAGACAAGAAUGUCUCCCCCGUAUUGUACGUAUUAACAUGCAAGCAAUAAUGAGAGAGGGUUGUUUGGAGCAGUGAGGAGGAAGAGGAGGGAGAUAUUUGUCUGUUUUGCUUUUCACCAUCAUUGGUUAAGAACCAAGUUCAGGAAUGAAAAAAAGCCUGUGUUUCCCGACAUGUUUCAAGGGCUUUAGGGUCACUUAAAAAGGCAAAAACAACCAUAAAGAACAUCCAGUUUAGGAGAGUAAAACACCAAAUCUGCAGUUAUUUUCUUUCCAGUACACUGUUAAAAAACAAGAAAAACAAACCCGAGCCACUCUGCAUCAUCAAACAGCCUUUGACCAAAAAUCGCCCGCUUCACAUUUUCCCGUUUUUAUUUAUUUAUUUAUUUAUUAAAUACAUUAUUGGUCUGUAGCCUGUAAAACUAAGCUGGAGAUUUGUUUUCGCGCAGCCAUUUUUGAGCAAUACAUGUGAUUCUUGCAACGUCUUACGUUAAUGUGACAAUCUUAUUGGUCCAAGAGAAAAUGUGAAUUCAUGUGAGUCAAAGUCGUCCGUUAUGUCAGUUUUACGACUCAAAUGUGUGCAAAAACUUUCUUUGUCGGUGGAUUCAACCUUAAAGUCUCGAAUUUAAAAUCUAUAAUUUUUGUUUUUGUUAAGAAACCAGUUGAAAAUGUGCACCAGAAUUCUAGCAUUCAGAGAAUCUGUUAGAAUUAGAAAACAUUAUGAAUAUGCCUUUAAUUAUGUGUACCUUUAAGGGAAUGGUAUUUAAGAAAAAAAAAGGGAGUUUCAAAUAUUGAUACAUUUGGUGUUCUGAAAUGUGAACGUGGCCUGACCCUCCAGAAAAAGAAGAAAGAACAAACUCAGUGGGACGAAGUCAAACAAAAAUUAAUUUUAUAUAUAUUUUUUUUUUACAUGUGAAAAUGUCUUUUGUUGUACGAACAAAAGCAGUAAUAAUAUGCAGUAACUUAGUGUUGAAAUUAUCUGCAGUAGUUUGGGUAGAAACACACUUGAGGAUUCAUAAAUAAUUACUGUAUUUUCCACAUUAAGAAAAUGUCCUGUUUCAAGCUAUAGUUUAGGAGUUAGCUUAGCAUAAAAACUGUAUACAGAGCUGAAAUGACAUUUUCAACCAGCACCUUGAAAAGCCUUGAGAAUCAUGAGAACGGUCAUUGACACCUAGAGAGGCUAGAGUACAUUUAAAAUAAUAUUCACAAAUUAUUCCAAGAACUAAAAAUCUAUUAUUUAUAAAACAAUAAUGGUGGUUCCUUUUUGCUUAACUAGAAGUUUAAAGGAAAAACUGAUAAAAAUGUACCUGUGUAUGGUCUUUUCACCAAGCUAACUAGCUCCUAGCUAUAGCUUCACAUUCUCUGAGCAGACAUUAGUACUGAGCUUCUCAACCAGAGCACACCAAGGUGAAUUUAAAAAAAAGUUGACCAAUUUUUAUAUUCCAUAAACUGAAUUUUUAAAGAAAACUUAAAAUAAAAAUAAUUUUUACCUUGUUGUGACAAACCUAUGCCAGCGUUUU